AUGAUGGGAAAAGAAGAUUUUUCAGCGAGCUCAGGCUGGUUAGAUAAAUUUAAGUUACGGCAUGGUAUUCGUUAUCUAAAAAUUUGUGGUGAAAAAGUUUCCAGCGAUGAAAGCGCCGUAGAGCCUUUUAAAAAAAAGUUUGCCGACAUUGUUGCUGAGAUGGAUUUGAGUAAAGAGCAAGUUUAUAAUGCAGACGAAUCUGCAGCUUUCUGGAGAGUGUUGCCUGGUAACACAUGGGUGCAUACAAAGGAAAAAUCAGCCCCAGGCAGAAAAAUUUCCAAAGAUCGUGUGACAUUUAUGCCAUGUUCAAAUGCUGCAGGAACACAUAAACUGCCUCUUUUGGUUAUUGGCAAAUCUGCUAAUCCAAGAGCUUUUAAAGGUUAUAAAAUUCCAGUGCCUAUGGAUCAAAAUUUAAUACAAAACGUAAAGGUUAAUUACAGAAAACAAUUACUGCAACAUAUUUUAUCAGAAAAUGAUGAUAACGUCGACGUGGUUAAAGUUUUAAAAAUGUUUAGCCUUAAAGAUGCUGUUUAUUUCUUGGACUUAGCUUGGCAAAGCAUUAGUGAACAAAAUAUUCAGAAAAGCUGGUCUGCAUUGUGGCCAAGAACUGCAGCGUGCUGGGAUGAUGAAGAUAUGAUACCGCUUCAGGUUCUGCGUCAUGAACUGCAGUCUGAUAGCAUCUAUGAUGGCUUAAAAUCCAUCCAAAAUAUGAUUGGAACUAUGAACAUCAGUAAUGACAUAACUGAAGAAGAUAUCAAUGAUUGGGCAACUGGUGCAAAUGAAGUUUUAUUAGAUUUUUCCGAUGAAGAAAUAAUACAACACGCUAAACGAAAGGAAUCGCCAGUGCUGCUUACGGACUCUGAAGACGACUUUGUAGAAAUGGAUGCAAAAACAAAGAUAUCUAAUGCAGAUGCAAAGAAAUCAUUUUCAGUUUGUAUUCAGUGGGCUGAGGAGAAUAAUAUAGAUAUGCAGGAUAUUCUAUUGUUGAAGAGGCUACAACAAAAAGCUGAAAUCAACCACCUCAAUAAAAUUAGUCAGCAAAAAAUAACUUCGUUUUUUAAUAAAUCAUAG